AUCUAUUAAAUCUUCUAAAUCUUUGGAGCUUAAUAAUAGCUCAUCCUCCAUCUCCUCAUUAGUCCCAACUGCAAACCUUUAGUCGAGGUUGCAAACCUUCUCAACUAAUCCAGCCGCAAACCUUCAGCCGUCGGCCAUAUUGGUCCUACAAUCCAGCCGAUUAUCAUGACAAAAGAAUCGGAUCCCUUCGACAAACUUCCGGGCGGGUUGAAGCUCUUCCUACGGAACCUUCAUUCUCUUGUUCCCACAAAAUUAGAGGACAAGAAUUUCCCGUCAUGGUCGUCAACAGUUAAGGCGACUCCCACUGCUCAUAGGCUUCUUGGAUAUGUGGACGGUACAGAAGGUGCACCACCAACAACCGUACCAGACGAAAAGGCCACAAUCGACAAAGGCCCUGUGAUGAAAUCUAACCCGGCCUAUGAUCAGUGGGUCGUGAUUGAUGCUCAACUACGUUAUUCUCUUCUAACGCUCCUCUCCCUGGCUGUCCAAAACCUUGUGUAUCAUUGCACCACUACGGUUACGUUGACACUUGGAAUCAUCUACAUCAGGGGUAUAAUUCAUUAUCCCGGACUCAUAUAUUUCAACUCAAGGAAAAACUUCAUAAUCUACAAAAAGGACAAUCUAGCAAGCAAAAAUAUCUUGAUGAAGUGUUGCAAAUUGUCAAUUCUCUUGCCCUUGCUCGUGAACCUGUCCCAGAACAAGAUAUUAUACUCUAUAUCUUGUGUGGUCUCCCGUCUGAAUAUGCCUCUCUUAAACAAAAUAUUCGGACGAACAUUGCUACGGUCACUCUUAACACUAUCUCUUCUUGGCUACUAUCUCAAGAACUCAAUACUCAGCUUGAACAAAAACUUCAUCUUGGUACAUCCUCAAGUUCUUCAACGGAGGUUUACACAACACUUUAUGCCUCCAAUGGAGGCUAUUUUUCGCCACAUUGGCGUGGCUGUGGACGGUCCGGCAGUGGUAGAGGAGCAGGCCGCAACGGCAACUGCGGUCGAUUUCAGUCUAGCCGUGCUGGAGGCCGAGGGCGAGGGCAGACCCGUGACGAUCUAGUCGUGUGUCAAAUUUGUGGAAAAUUCAAUCAUACUACCUUACGAUGUUGAAAUCAAUUCAAUGAAGAUUUCUCUGAGUC